AAACACAAGAAUAUCGGCAAUUUCUCAACCAACUAUUAGAAAUUAGAACAUAUGCAAUGGGAUUGCUUACUCAACCUUUACAUCAAUUUUAUCAAUCUAGAAAAGUUAUAAGUGUAUAUUGGUUCGAACCGAAUAAUGAACAUACUUUAAAUCAUAAUGUUGUGCCAACAACAAUGACAGAAAGUCAAUCUUCUAAGACUAUUAUGCCCAAAAAUAAUGAUAAAAUGAUUGAAUCAAAAGAUGAGAUAUUGUCAAAUGUAUUGUGGAAACUUUUAGAAUUGAGAAAGUUUUUAACAUCAUCCCAUACACAAACAGCAUGGGGU